GCAGGGGAGAGAGGCUUGCAAAGCGCAGGGGUCAAACGCUAACCUUUCCCUUUGGCUGCCUUGCACGGCCAGGCGUGGGUGGAGAAGAGACGGAAAGGGGGGGGGGCGCUUGUCUGCGCUACUCAUCCGCAGAUCUGGGAAGGAAGCGAUUGCAGCAGAGCCGCCUCCUGCCAAAUGGCUCAGGCUGCUGAGUGAGCAGAGCGCUCGUGAGUUUAACCGCUCCCCCCCCCCGGCUGAUCUCGCCUCGCGUAAUUGAAGUAGAGAGCGGAGGGCGCAGCAGACGCCUUCAGACAUGGCGGGGACCGAAGGCAUCACAGCAGAUGCAGUUUCAACAUCUGCUUAUGCAUCUCCAGCAAGAAGCUUAGGAGAUCCAGGAAUAACUCCAUUGUCUCCCUCCCACAUUGCGAAGGACUCAGAUGCAAACGAUGCCGAGGAGCAGACAUUUCUUGUUGUGGUGGCUAUUGACUUUGGCACAACUUCCAGUGGUUACGCUUACAGCUUCACCAAGGAACCUGAAUGUAUUCAUAUAAUGAGGCGAUGGGAAGGAGGAGAUCCUGGUGUGUCCAACCAGAAAACACCAACAACUAUUCUCUUGACCCCAGAACGAAAAUUCCACAGUUUUGGUUAUGCAGCUAGAGAUUUCUAUCAUGACCUAGAUCCUAAUGAAUCAAAACACUGGCUGUAUUUUGAAAAAUUUAAGAUGAAGCUUCACACAACUGGGAACCUCACUCUGGAAACCGACUUGUCAGCAGCAAAUGGCAAGAAAGUCAAGGCCCUUGAAAUAUUUGCGUAUGCUCUGCAGUACUUUAAGGAACAAGCAUUAAAGGAACUGAGUGAUCAAGCUGGGUCAGAAUUUGAAAAUUCUGAUGUACGAUGGGUCAUCACAGUGCCAGCUAUCUGGAAGCAGCCUGCAAAGCAGUUUAUGAGGCAAGCUGCCUACAAGGCAGGCAUGGCAUCCCCAGAGAUUCCUGAACAACUGAUAAUUGCCUUGGAACCAGAAGCUGCAUCCAUUUAUUGCAGGAAACUCCGCCUUCAUCAGAUGAUAGACCUCAGUAGCAGAGGGCCUGUCAAUGGCUACAACCCAAGUGAAACCAUUGGCUCAGGUUUCACACCAGCAAAAGAACACAUUCGGCGAAAUCGACAGAGCCGCACCUUUUUGGUUGAAAAUGUCAUAGGAGAAAUCUGGUCCGAGUUGGAGGAAGGUGACCGUUACAUAGUAGUUGAUGGAGGAGGAGGAACAGUUGAUGUGACUGUGCACCAGAUCAGGUUACCUGAAGGACACCUGAAGGAAUUAUACAAGGCAACAGGUGGGCCAUAUGGCUCUUUAGGUGUAGACUAUGAAUUUGAAAAACUCCUGUGUAAAAUAUUUGGAGAAGAUUUCAUUGAACAAUUUAAAAUCAAGCGACCCGCUGCCUGGGUUGAUCUGAUGAUAGCAUUUGAAUCUCGCAAGAGAGCAGCAGCUCCUGAUCGGACAAAUCCACUGAAUAUCACCCUGCCUUUUUCUUUCAUUGACUACUACAAGAAGUUUCGAGGUCACAGUGUAGAACAUGCGUUAAGGAAAAGCAAUGUGGAUUUUGUGAAGUGGUCCUCCCAAGGAAUGCUGAGAAUGAGUCCUGAUGCAAUGAAUGCCCUCUUCAAACCUACGAUUGACCGAAUUAUAGACCAUCUCAGUGAUUUGUUUGAAAAGCCUGAACUGACAAAUGUAAAGUUCCUGUUCCUGGUGGGUGGAUUUGCAGAAGCCCCACUACUACAACAAGCUGUCCAGAAUGCUUUUGGUUCAAAAUGCCGAAUCAUCAUUCCUCAAGAUGUGGGGCUCACUAUCCUCAAAGGAGCAGUCCUGUUUGGUCUGGAUCCUGCUGUCAUUAAAGUGCGUCGUUCCCCCUUGACCUAUGGGGUGGGGGUCCUGAAUCGCUAUGUGGAAGGGAAGCACCCCACUGAGAAGCUGCUAGUUAAGGAUGGCACCCGUUGGUGCACUGAUGUCUUUGACAAAUUUAUCUCUGCUGACCAGUCAGUGGCACUUGGUGAGACUGUGUCCCGCAGUUACACUCCUGCCAAGCCUUCUCAGCUGGUCAUUGUGAUCAACAUCUACAGCUCGGAACAUGAUAACGUCAAUUUCAUCACUGAGUCUGGAGUGAAAAAGUGUGGCACACUCCGCUUGGAUCUCACAGGAACUGACAAAUCUGUGCCAGGCCGGAGGGAAAUUAAAACGCUAAUGCAGUUUGGAGACACUGAGAUUAAAGCCAUGGCAAUUGACGUUGCCACUUCUAAAAGUGUAAAAGCUGGUAUUGAUUUCCUAAACUACUGAUUUUUUUUUCAUCCCCACCACCACUCAUUGUUCCAAUGCUCUGUUCACUAGCUGCCAAAAACAACCUGAAUUUUGGCUAAUAGAUAAAGCAUAGCCAUCAGAAGAAAAUGUCAGGCUUUAUUAUUAUUUUUUGCUUUUGAAACUACCAGUUCAGAAUCUGAACACAGAAUUAUCAGGUGCUACACAGUAAAGGGAGUAGCUCAAAUAAGGAAUGAAAAUUAAGCACUGAAAUAUUACUGCUGUCUUUAUUCAGGAGGCACAUAGCUUUACUUGAAGUCUUUCAUACAUUCUGAAUUUUAGGCCCUAAUAGUCAAUUUUAGGCCCUGAUAUUCUUACAUUUAGGACACCAACUAACAUACAUUAUUUUUUUGUAGCACCAAAAGUAAAAUUUAUAAUGUGAUUUGUGACUAUCAGUUUCACAAUAGAAAUAGGUAAGUCUUCAGCAAUUUUAAAAGCCAGCUUCUCUUAUUUACAUGAUUGAAUAGGAAUACUGGAAUUUAAGCAUGUUAAAAUACAAACAGCUGCUGCAAACCAGGUUUAGAAAUUGGGUCUUUGUAGCAAGAAACUAUUUCUUUAUAGGAUCAUAUGAUACGGUGAUUUGGUGGGGUUUUGCUUCUGUUCAGGGAAGUUUUAAGACAGUAAACUUAAUAGAGUUGCAACCUUAUUAAAGGAAUUAAUCCAGUGGUUACAUUUGCAGAAAAUACUGAAGCAAGAAGUAGACUUUAUUUAAUUUCUAGAUAAUGCCAACAAACAUUAGAGUUCUCUUAGGAAAGGAAUUCCUACCCCCUGUGGAGAGAAGAGGAAUUGCUUCUGAAUUGUUUGCCAUUUAUGGUUUUAUAAGCACUUGAUUAUAAAAAUAACAUUCUGCCCAAUUAAUUAAACACCAAUUUUAAUCUUGCAGCGCUAAUGUUUCCAUUUCCCCCCUUUUUCAAAACUGAAUAGAAAAGCUUUGCAAAAGUUUAAACCUGUAAGAGAGAGAGGGUCUCCAUUUCCCAUUUCACUUGGCCAACCUCUGGCUUUAUUGUCUAUACCUCUUGCUAGCCAAUCCUUGUACAAACAAGCCAGUGCAGUAGCAAUAGUUAACCAGAGAUCAUCUCUAUCCUCAGGUUGUAGAAUGAAAGGAUCCAUUUUCAUUGCCUCUCAGCCAUGCCAAAUAAAUGAAAGACUUCCUGUGUUGAUCCUAGAGCAGUGUUUCUCAACCUUGGCAAUUUUAAGAUGUGUGGACUUCAACUCCC